CCGUUUUCAAUUUUGAUUUUAUGUGAUCCAGUUUUAAUUUCUAAGUAGUGAUGCGGUUUUACUUUGUGCGAGUAGAAUUUUGAGGUUCGUUUGCGGAUUUGAAGCGUGAUUGAACUUUUGUAUAGAUCGGCAUAGCUAAUCUGAUAUAUACGAAUGCUUUGAUCGGAAAUAUUCCGCGUUUGUAUGUGAAGUUAGCAGGAAGAAGCAUGGUAGUGGCUUGCAUUGUUUGAGCUGACGAUGAAAAACUUGAGAUUUGUGGUUAACUUUAUGUGAUUUUCUGUCUCUAAAAGUAUCGAGAGACUCGUAGAUGGAAUGGAACGUCAGGAAAAGUAUCCGGAAGGAAUAUAUGCAAAGUAGAUGUAGAUGUAUUCUCAAUGAUAUUUUCAUAUUCCAAAUCUCUAUUCGGUGAACAGAACUCUCUUCUAUUAUCUGAGAAUCUCAGUUUCCUCUUGAUAGUUACAACUGGAUGUAACUUGCUAAGAUAGCGUCUUUCAACUUUGUCGAUUCUGUUAUGCUGUGGCGACUCCUAGUUUAUAUGGAUGCUGUAAGGGGCCAAGGCAUGUAUCCUUUGCACCGUUGCAAGACUAUCCAUUUGGUGAGACAUGCCCAAGGUUUCCACAAUGUGUCUGGAGAAAAGGACCACAGUGCAUACAUGUCCCCAGAGUUUUUUGAUGCAGCACUUACCCCUCUUGGCUGGAAACAGGUAGACAAUCUGCAGAAGCAUGUUCAUUCCAAAGGUAUUUCAAAGAAGAUUGAAUUAGUAGUUGUUUCCCCUUUAUUAAGGACUAUGCAAACUGCUGUUGGGGUUUUUGGUGGAGGAGGUUUUGAUGAUGGCAUCAAAGCAGCUCCUCUGAUGACAGAAAAUGCUGGGGAAAGUGAUCGUCCAGCAAUUUCAAGUCUCAAUGCCCCACCAUGUGUGGCAAUGGAACUUUGUCGAGAGCGUAUGGGAGUUCACUGGUGUGACAAGAGAAAGAACAUAACUGAGUAUAAGCCUCUCUUUCCUGCUAUUGAUUUUUCACUGAUAGAAACUGAUGACGACACUCUCUGGACUGUAGAUGUUCGAGAAGCUAAUGAAGAAGUGGCUGAGAGAGGCCAGAAAUUCUUGAACUGGUUGUGGACGCGGGAGGAGUCUGAGAUAGCUAUUGUUACUCACAGUGGAUUCUUAAUCCAUACCCUUUCUGCAUAUGGAGAUGACUGCCAGCCUCCUGUGAAGGAAGAGAUCUGCAGACCAUUCAACAAUUGUGAACUUCGAUCAAUGGUGUUUGUGGAUAGAAGUAUGGCCGCGUCAAGUUCCUCGAAAACUAAUUUCCCAGGAAAAAUUCCAGACGGGACGGAUGCUCCUAGCGAAGACGCCGUUGAGAAAAACUGAUGGCUGCUUUGGAUUGACAAGAAAUUUGGUUGUGAAUCUUCCUGAACAUGGUUAAGUUAUUGGGGAUUCUUUUCAGUAGGGAUUCAAAUUUAAGUAGCUCAAGUUAUUUAAACUCUACCACCACUAUUUCUUUUUAUGGUUUAGACAAACUUCAGCAGAGAAUCACUAUUUUGCACAUGCAAAUCAUUAUAAGCUAAACAGUCGAUUUUGUCUCAUAGUUUGAUAAUUGGCAAACACAAGAUGUACUCAGUCAGGUACAUAUUAUCUAUCUAUUUAAGGAUUGUGACAA